CGGAUGGCAAGUCGUGGCAUCAGUCAAACCCGGGACUUCGGUCAUGUUAGUGACAGUCUUGCCGUUCUUCUUGGCCGCGCACGUCGCCGUCGACGACCCCCGCCGGCAAUCGGAAUGGACCGCGUACGGUGCCGAGUGCACUUACGACGUCCUCGUGAUGAUGUCCCUGGAGAACAUCGUCCGGCCGGACGAUAAUUUCUGCUCCACCAUCGCGUCCGAGCUCAAGUGCCGGCCCAAGGGCCAGGACACCCUGAGCUGCCGCUUCCAGAACUCGCGGAUCCGGCACCCGCGUCCGGAGGAAGGCAGGUGCACGAACGCGAUGGGCUUCGUGCCGACGCGGACGAGAUUCGUCGACGAGGAGCCCUUCGAGAUUCGCUUCAACUCGAGGGGCAUCGAGAACCUGGUGGUGCACAGGACGAUCCCCAGAUGGCAGCUGGACAUGAUCAAGGUCAUAGUCAGCCAGCUGAACAUCGGCUUCGAGUCGUGGGAACAUCGCGACCGCUUCGCCAUCAUGGAGAACUCGACCAUGGGCCACUGCGAGGUCGACGUCAAGAUCACACGUGAUGAUGGCUGGAUCAGCGAGGAGGAUCAUCACCACGACGACGACGACGACGACGACGACGACGACGACGGACACGAUGACGAGCACGAUGACGAGCACGACGAUCAUCACAAUGACGAGGAGGAGGGCUCCAGCGAGGAGGAGCUGAAGGAGGGUGAAGACUUUGAGAUCAAAUUCAUGACGCAUAACGAAGAGUUCACGCGUACCGUCGACGGCACCUUCCACGUGCAGAAGCUGCGCCAGCCCAAGAGAUGCCCGCGAAGGUCGAUCUACUUCUUCGGGAACGAGGAGGACUACAGCCGCGGCGAUAGAGAACUCUACAUGGACAUGACCGACUCAGUGAGUCACGUCAAGAUCAACAAGCACAAGUUCGUGUCCUUCUCGAUAACGGCGGGCGUUAUGAAGACGGCGAACAAGUCGCGGGUGAUGCGACCUCAGCAGGUCAUCAGCCUGAAGCUGAAGCGAAUAGAUCUCGCGCGACACUCACUGCCGGAGAUCCAGAAUCCAGCAUCAACGAGUCUGUUCGCGUUCUCGCACCUGGAAACGAUCCCGGAGGAUGCGUGAUCGCGACAACGCGUAUCGCCUUGAAGAUACUCACGAGUUUCCGACGAAUGAGAUUCCGAUCAAGCGCCGUUAAAGAAUAAGUAAAAACGUUCCCCGAAACAAUUGCCGUUCGGUUCAAUUAACUCUUUGCUGUCGACACGAAGAGCCCGCGUCAGGCUCCGAGGAUUGAAGAUUGAAGGUCGCGAUGGUUGGAGAUGAGAGAGCUCGGCCAAUCGGAGGAGAACGAGAAUCGAAAUUCGCGUCGAAUUCUCAUGUCCGAUCCGCAAUUCUCAAUCUCCAACACCCAAUCUGACACCCAAUCGCUUCAAUCGGGAGACGUCGCCGGUUACCGAGGAGAGAUCGGUUGAAUAAAUCAGAGAGAGAGAGAGAGAGAGAGUCGAGCAGACAUUUUCGGAAACGGAAUUUCUGCUCUUCAGGACGAAACUCCUGGUCCAAGGACUAGCGAGAACGGGAAAUUCGGGCGAAACGCGUUCGUCGUCCGUUCGUCGUCACGUGGAUUCGACCGAUCUUCUUCCGGCCGUGCGUCUUCCUCGCGUGCAUUCCGCCGAGUGUAUGUAAGCAUUAAUCAAAACAAUGUGUAACUCGUCGCGGAGCGACUCUCACGAGUCAUAAAUCGUUGGAUGUAGCUGCAAUAAAGGACCACCUGAAACGAGA